UAUGCAUCCAUGUGGUUUUGCUUUUCGUUUUGCAUACCUUAUCAGCACAGCACAUAAGUUGAAUCUUUUUGCAUUGAGUUUGUUUUCCAAUGCGAAAUCUUUAUUUGUCAGAUUCAGCACAAAUUGAUUUCACUGUCUGUUCAAGAUCAAAUUUUGGCCUGGUGAAAUCAAAGAGUUGAAAGGAAAUGAAUGACCAACUACUUUUACAGAACUCUAAGUCUACAUGUUUCUAAUUUUCCACUCCAGUGUGGUUUAUUUCAACAAGAAACAACCCAGGAAAUCACGUACCAAUUUAACGCCUCGUGGAAUUCAGUAUGAACUUCAAUAGAACAAGAAACUAGAAAUAAACUUAAUUCACAAUUUCCACGCGGUGCUUGCAAACAGGUUGCUCAAAAGUCUAGGCUUCAAGGUCUUCUUCUAUCGAACAGGGCCAUUGAGGGUUUGACGGUAUAUAAGUUAUGGUGUCGACAUGGUGCAACUUGACCUUUAUAAAUAAGGAGGGUCAUUGGUUGUCAACAGAAACCGAGUGACCAUUGUACCAUUAUUACAUCAUUUACAAACAAAGCCUUUCGAAAGUCGAAAUAUGGCAUGUUUAUCAAACAAGGCUCAAAUUGCUUCGCGUGACUAGUCUCAGAAGAAUAGAUGCAAUCUGCCAUAUUUUCUCAGAGAUAUAGAAGAACCCUUCGUUUUACUCUGCCAUAUAGUUCGCAGUGAGUGAAAGUUCAUUAAUGCAUAUUGUUCAAAUCACUUCUUAUCCUCUUUGCGACCUGAAACAGAUUUGAUACAAAUCACUUUUGGAAUUAUUACAGAUACAGUAGAUAUUGCACUCUAGUGGCCAGGUUACGUCACAAUACUCGGCGCCUAUGGAUUCCCGCGGAAGCUCAGCGAGAGAUCACCAGCAACACUGCAGUUACCGCAGUAAGCUCCGAGCAGAAAGGGAAUAUGCGGUGACAUUUCGACAAUCCGCAACCUAUUACGAAGACACGUUGUCAUGUAGCUCUUUUUUCGGCCGUCGACCUACAUGGCGGACUAUUCUUCUAAUGCUGUUCGGCUUCUUCCUGUUCUACCUCAUGAUAUUCCUGUUUGUGACGUCAUCGACCAACAUGGGAGCAGCCCCAGGCACAGACUCGAUAGUGAUGGAACAGCCCAAAUUCGAAUCCAGCAGAGAGCAGAACGGUCUGCUGCCCCCACAGAUGUCAUCCAGAAUGAACAAUGUUGCAAAGGGACCUUUAGAACUUGAGGGACCUUGUAGCAAGUUCAAGAGAAAACUAGAUCUGCUUAUUCUGAUUUUAAGUGACAGUUACGACGAGAAAGGCAGAGAUCUCAUCCGGGCCACUUACGGUGGCUUGCAGCGCUUCGGAGAGUUUUACACCAUGUCAUAUUUUCUGGUCGACGUCUCGAACGGAGUUCUGGAAGAAGCCAGUCUAAUAAGCGAAAUGAAAAUAAACAACGAUAUCUCAUUCUACAUCAGUGAGUUCUCAAUGUCCGGCACCGAAUCGCUCAGUUUCAAUAUCUCAAACUUCCCCAAAACUGACAACUGGGUCAAGUCUUGCUUGCAAAACUCAAAUGUGCUCUUGUAUUUUGAACACAUACAGCAAUUGCAGUUGGAGGAUCUGGUUGAAACUAUAUUGACAUCUCCAAAUUACGUAGUGCCCUCGGCCAGUCCACCAUCAAGCAUGUUCAUAGCUUCCUCUUCAUCAUUAUAUGAUACAAUUGGUGCUAAAACAGCCGACUGGGGCGUGUACAUUCCCAACAACCUGGAUAGGUUCUACUCCCAAAUUCCAGCCAGCAAUACAAACAUCCAGCAAUUUUUUCUGCCCAGACCAGAAGGUACUUCAAAUUUGACCGCAGAUUCAGUGCCGGAAUUGUUCAGGAGCUUGCUCAUAACUGGGUACCAAAGUGGAGAGAGUGAGCUUGUGUUUAACAAGCUCAGAAUAGAAUCCAAGUACUCUAAGCGGAGACCCAAGACCGUGGAACCAUCUGCCUGCCGCACAAGGAUGCUACCGGGUGGUAGACCGCCGGGAGGUUGGCACAACACAGUGCGUGUUUUGCUGUUUGUUGACUCUCAAAUCAAAAGGUUUCCUCAGAGGGACAGCAUCAGGAAAACAUUCGGGAAGACGCAGUUUGUGGAACGAAAAGGACACAAAAUGGAAGUGUUCGUUCGUUUUCUGGCAUCGCAGUACAAAUAUCUCCUGUUCAAGGCGCCAAGAAAGACGAACCGGAGAAAGAAAAAGAGACUAGGCCUGAAGUUAUCACAAAUUUCGAACAACUCGAAAGGGUAGGCCGUUGUAGAAACAGACGACAUCGAAAAGGAACGAGGUUCAGCGAUAAGCGAAGAAAAAAACACAAGCAAGGGGGCCAAAAGUCAGAUGGAGUUAGCCGACAGUGUUGAGUUGACGAAAGGCGAACAGA